GUUCGCGCCGCGCUCGCCGCGCCGCGUCGCCGUCGCACCCGCGCUUCCGCGCACGCGCUCGAAGGCGCAGAAGGCAAAACCAUCGUUUCUCCGCGCACUCGCAAGGCGGCGGCGGCGUCGCCGUCCAACAGCAUGGAGGAGGGCGCGCCCGGGUCGACGGCCGUGCGCAUCGCGUCCAUCUCCGCGGCCCAGAACAAGCGCGGGAAGAACUGCUUCGAGGGCGGCAUGAAGCAGGGGUCCUUCACGUGGUACAAGGACAUGGGCGGCAACAGCAACUGGAUGUACCUCGCGGUGUCGAACGCGACGAAGGAGCACCUGAGCCUCGCGCUCUGGCUGCUCUACGAGGCGGCGACGGAGCCCCUCGUGGACCCGCUCUGCAGCUCCGGCGAGAUCCAGGUCGGCUUCUUCAACCAGAGCAAGAACAUGAACCGCCAGGUGCCGCUCUUCGAGCUCGCCGAGGAGAGCAAGCCGAUGCUCGAGAUGGACCCCGGCGACGCGGCCACCCUGAAAGUGCGCAUCAACGACCUGAGCAGCCACCACCAGAACCAGCGCUUCAUCCUCGUCGCCGGGCCGGCGGACGCGCCCAUCCGCGGCUCGCGGUCCGUGCCCAUCGAGAUCAUGUCGAAGCCGCGCGUCGAGGACAAGGACGGCGACGGGUCCAAGCGCGCGCUCGACGGCGACGCGUCGUCGGACCCGGCGGCGAAGCGGUCCCGCGGCGACGGCGACGGCGGCCACUCGCUGCCCCUCUUCGCGCAGCUCGCGGCCGUGACGGACCCGAGCCCGUCGCCCGAGCGCCAGGCGGAGCUCGCCGUCGCCCUACUCGGCGGGCUCCACCCCAAGGUGCGCGCCGUCGUCGCCGAGAAGCUCGCCCAGUCCCUCGACAAGCAGGCGAAGAUGACCCUCUUCGACCAGCUCUCCCACGACCUCAAACACGGCGUUUACGGCGCGGAGGAGCGGCCCAAGCCCAAGGGGCGGCUCAAGUCGCUCGCCAAGGCCAUCGUCGAGUUCAAGCGCAACGAGAAGGGCGGGCGCGCGAAGCGCGGCGCCGCCGACGGCCUCGGCGCCGACGGCGACGGCCUCCUCUCCGAGCAGCAGCUCACCGACUUCUUCGUCGACGAGGACAGCGGCAUCAACAUCUUCGACGCGCUCUCCCCGAAGAACGGCGACGCGGCCAAGAAACCGCUCGCGCUUGCGCGCCGUUUGCGGCUGCGCCAACAUGCGGCCUUCUCCUCCUCGACGAAAUCGGACUACGUCGUCGUCGGCGCCGGGUCCGCCGGCUGCGUCGUCGCGAGCCGCCUGGCGGAAGGCGGCGCGUCGGUGACGCUGCUCGAGGCCGGCGACGCGUCGACGCUGCGCGGGCCCUUGUCCAUCCUGACGCGCAUGCCGACGGCGCUGAGCAUGCCCAUGCACUGGGGCCGCUGGAACUGGGCCUACGAGACCGCGCCGUCGCCCGCGCUCGACGGGAAACGCGUGUCCUGCCCGCGCGGCCGGGGCCUCGGCGGGUCGUCGUCCAUCAACGGCAUGGUCUACGUGCGGGGCCACGCCUUAGACUACGAGGCCUGGGCCGACGCCGGCUGCCGGGGCUGGCGCUGGGUCGACGUCGCGCCCUACUUUAAGAAGAUGGAGCACUGGGCCGGCGACGACGCGGACGGCCUCCGGGGCCGCGGCGGCCCGCUCCACGUCACGGACGGCGCCAACGCCCUGGGCACGCCGCUCUACGAGGCCUUCCAGGCCGCGGGCGACGCCGCUGGCUACGGGAGGGUGGCGGAUUACAACGGCCGGAGGCAAGAAGGUUUAGCCCCAAUGCCGAUGACGGUCUUCCACGAGGGCCCCCGCAGGGGCGAGCGCUGCUCGACCUUCGCGGCCUACCUCGAGCCGGCCAUGGACGCCCACGACGCGCUCAGCGUCGUCACGGGCGCGCGCGCGGCCCGGGUCGAGUUCGACGGGACGCGCGCCGUCGCCGUCGCGACCACCGACGGCCGGCGCUUCGAGGCGGAGAAGGAGGUCAUCCUCUGCGCGGGCGCCAUCGCGACGCCCCAGCUCCUGCAAAUCUCCGGCGUCGGCCCCGCGGACCUGCUGGAAAGCCUCGGCGUCGACGUGGUCGUCGCGGCGGACGGCGUCGGUUCGAACCUCCAGGACCACCUCGAGUUCUACUUCCAGUUCGCCGUCGCGAGCGGGUCGCUGGCGCCGUACCUCGCGCCCUGGCGCAAGCUCCUCAUCGGCCUGCGCUGGCUCCUGCGGCGCGACGGCCUCGGCGCGACGAACCACUUCGAGGCCGGCGGUUUCGUGAGAUCCGCGGCGGGCAAGGAGUACCCGGACGUCCAGUUCCACUUCCUGCCCGUGGCCGUGUCCUACGACGGCGUCACGGUGCCCCACACGGCCUCGGGCCACUCCUUCCAGCUCCACGUGGGCUGCAACCGGUCCAAGGCGCGCGGCGCCGUCGCGGCCGCGUCGCCGGACGUGGAAACCGCGCCGGCCGUCGACUUCGCCUACAUGAGCCACGACGACGACUGGACGGACUACCGCGCGGCGCUGCGCCUCGCGCGCGAGCUCGUCGGCCACAUGGACCUCGAGGGCGUCGAGGAGGUGACGCCGGGCGCGUCGUGCGCGACGGACGAGCAAAUCGACGCGUACCUCCGCGAGCACCUCGAGUCGGCCUACCACCCCUGCGGCACCUGCCGCAUGGGCGACGACGCCGGCGCCGUCUGCGACGCCGAGGGGCGCGUGGUCGGGGCGGAAGGGCUUCGGGUCGUCGACGCGUCGCUGUUCCCGUCCAUCACGAACGGCAACCUCAACGCGCCGACGAUCAUGGUCGCCGAGAAGCUCAGCGACGCCAUCCUCGGCAACGCGCCGCCGCCGCCCGUGGCCCACGCCAUGGACCACCCGCGCGGCCACGUCGACCCCAACCGCAUGGACGCCGACAAGGAGCCCCUCCCGGCGCUCCCGGGCUGCCCCGCGGGCGGGAGCCCGGCGGCGGUCCUCCCCGAGGCGCCCCCGGCGGCGUCGCAGCCCCCGGAGGGCGAGGAGAAGGCGCCGGCCGAGGCGGAGGCGUCCCUCGAGGACGACGGCCCGAGGCAGUGCCGCAUCUGCUUCGACUCCGACGAGCCCGAGACGCUCGUGCGCGCCUGCCUGUGCAACGCCUGGGUCCACCUCGACUGCCUCAACCAGUGGCGCCAGGGCCGCUACCCGAAGGCGCGCCGCGAGUGCAACGUCUGCAGGGCGCGGUGGACGACCGCGGCGCCGCGGCGCGAGAUGUUCGCGCGGCGCGUGCGGACCGCGCCGCGCUACCGCCCCGCGGCCGAGGCGGACCUCGACGAGCCGGCCCUGCGGUCGAAGAUGCGCGUGGGCUGCCUCAUCUCCCAGUCGGCCGCGCGCGCGGACGUCGAGGCGCUCGUGCUCCGCGAGGGCGAGGGCAGCAAAAGAGAGCGAAAUUCCCAACUUCAAAGGCUCCUUUCUCGGCCGUUUUUCACUCGCGAGGGCGAGGGCGACGACGAGCGCGCGGCGCAGCGCGAGCGCGCCGAGGCCGAGGCCGAGGCCGCGGCCGCCGCUCGGCCCGCCCCGCGCCCGUCGCUCGUGUCGCGGCUCCGGGCCAUGCUGUCGCCGCCGCGCGCGUCCGCGCCGCCGGCGCCGACGCGGCCGCGCGAGGCGCCGCCGCGCGUCGGCACGAUGGCGUCGCUCAUGGCCGCGGUCCUGCGCGCGCGGGCCCAGCGCCACUGGCACAAGGGCUGCUUCGUCGUCCUCUUCGUCGGCGACGGGUCGGGCUCCGACGGCAGCGACGCGAUCGUCGCCGCGAACCUCACGCGCGAGGUCCGCGUCCUCGGCGACGACCAGGGCAGGACAAGGGUGAUUCAACGCGACGACGGCGAGGCCGACGAGGACGACGGGCGGCGGCGGCGCCUGAGCUGGCUCCGGUCCCUGCGCGACGGCGCCGCGGCCGCGCCGCCGGCGCCGGCCGCGGCCGCGCCGGCGCCCGCGGCCGCGGCGCCGGACGCCGCGGCGCCGGACGCCGCGGCCGAGUCCGAGUCCGAGUCGGACGACGACUCCGACGACUCCGACGGCGACGCGUCCGGCCGCGAGCCCGCGGCGCUGCGCCGCGCGCGCGCGGGCGUCGAAAAGCUCCGGCGCCGCGGCGUCAAGACGACGCUCUUCAGCGGCGGGCCCGUCUACCGCAACGAGCCCCUGGGCCUGCUCAUGCUCUGGCGGCCCGAGGGCUCCGACGACGCCGGGCCCGACGACGCCGCGCUGCGCGCGGCCGUCGGCGACGUCGUGCCCUGGCGGCCCGACGCGACGGAGGCCGGCGGGCCGAGCCGCGCCUUCGUCGGCGCCGUGCCCCUCCUGCGCAAGGUCUGGGACCUGCACGGGCCGACGUGGCGCGCGGAGGCGCUCGCGUGGAGCGGCGUCGCCGUGUGGAGCGCGGACCAGCUCCUGGCCGAGGUGAGCCGCGGCUCCUGGGUCCUGUCGUCGGCGACGUGGCGGGACCUCUCCGACGACGCGGCGCACGACGGGCCCCACGCGCUCUGGAGCGCCGUCGUCGCGAGGGACGGCGCGGUCUCCGCGGCCGCCGCGGACGCCGCCGCGGCGACGACGAACGCGAUCCUAAGCUGAGGGUGCUUAG